CUUCUGAUCUGUUACGUCUGACCGUAAAAAAUAGAAACUUCCAAGAUGGCCGAGUCCGUGGAGUCCAUGCAUUUCGCAGCAAACAGCAAAACAAUUUCCCCUAAACCCCUGCUAGCUAAGCGGCCGCCCGAGAGCCGUCCGCAGUCUUCCAGCGACAUUUUCCCGCCGCCCCCCAAGAAGGUCCGCGUGGAGGAGAAGGGCCUGAAGCACCGCAGGCUGAACGGAGAGGUGUGCGCAGGGGAAAAACACAACGGGAAGCAGAGUUGUGGGAGCCCAGCGAAAUGGAGUUUCGGCCCGGCCAAGGCGAGCCACUCCGCCGCCGCCGCGGUGCCAGCCACCCCUGCCCGCAAAAUCUUCAAGAUCAGCAACUUCCUGGCGUCGCCUCACAAAGUGAAGAAGACGAAGGAGAAGCGGCACAAGGAGAAGGAGAAGAGCGGCGAGGCGCAGCGGAGCUCCGCCGCUGUGGACAGAGUGAGCCCUGCUAGCUGCCAUACAAAGACCGAGAACGGCGACGUGAAAAUGCUACAGAGAGACCACCGACCGAAGGACAAGGACCGACAGAAGAAGAAGGAGAAGAGCAAAGAGUGGAAAAACCACAAGAUGCCCCCCGUGCACGACAUCGCCAGAGAAAACGGAGAAGUUCUCCCCCCACAGAAAGACUCCAAGGAGAAACCCAAAGCCGGAUCAGAGGAAGACCUCCUGCUGAAGAAGCUCAAGAAGAAAAAGAAAAAGAAGCACAAAGAUGGCGAGCGGGUGAAGGAGAGACACGGCCGGCCCAAAAUGUAUCACCGCUCAAGCCAGACUGUGUGUUCGGGCGUUUCUCUGGGUCUUCCCGAGCUCCUCAGCCGAAUAAACGGAAACAACAGCAGUAGCCUCAUUCACGCCGCAGCAGCGCCACAGCCGCACCAUCAGGAUCCCGCUCUCUCCGCUGCUACCUCUCCCAUCUCCUCCAUGGUCAGGGACAGGCUCGGCUACAACUCCCCGCUCCACUGCGCCCCGGCACCGGCCCUGUCCGGUCUGGAGUUCGGCCGUCUGAUCCACAUCGAGCAGCAGGCCAACGGCGGGGCGUCGGUGGCGCACGCCUACAGCGAGCAGCUCGCCGGCCUGUCCCCGGCCGAGAUGCAGCGCUUCGCCCAGGAAUUUGUCACCCUGUCGUUCAGCGAGGACGAGAACCAAGCCGCGGGCUUUGUGAUGGGGAUCAUACACGGAGCUGCAUCCUACCUCCCAGACUUCCUGGACUACUUCUCGUACAAGUUCCCCAACGCACCCGUGAAGAUGGAGGUGCUUGGGAAGAAGGACAUCGAGACCACAACCAUGGCCAACUUCCACUCUCAGGUGAAGCGGACAUAUUCCCAGGGAACGUACCGAGCCGGGGCCAUGCGACAGGUCAGUCUGGUGGGAGCCGUGGAUGAAGAGGUGGGGGACUAUUUCCCCGAGUUCAUCAGCAUGUUGGAGGAGUCUCCUUUUCUGGAGCGGACUCUUCCCUGGGGGACCUUCUCCAGCCUGCGGCUGCAGAGUCCCACCGAGAGCGACGACGGCCCCAUCAUGUGGGUCAGACCGGGAGAGCAGAUGAUCCCCAUGGCCGACAUGCCCAAGUCGCCCUUCAAAAGAAAAAGGUCCACCAAUGAGAUCAAGAACCUGCAGUAUUUGCCCAGAGCCAGCGAGCCCAGAGAGAUGCUGUUCGAGGACCGGACGAGAGCGCAUGCCGACCACAUCGGUCAGGGCUUCGAGAGGCAGACCACUGCUGCCGUGGGUGUGCUGAAGGCCGUGCGCUGCGGGGAAGACAGCGACACUCCGGCCCGGAUCACCAAAGACGUCGUGUGUUUCCACGCUGCAGAUUUCCCAGAUGUGGUCAUGAGGCUGCAGCUGGACCUCCACGAGCCGCCGCUGUCGCAGUGCGUGCAGUGGAUCGACGACGCCAAGCUGAACCAGCUGAGGAGGGAGGGCAUUCGAUACGCCCGCAUCCAGCUCUACCACGACGACAUCUACUUCAUCCCCAGAGGGGUGGUCCACCAGUUCAAGACGGUGUCGGCUGUCUGCAGCCUGGCCUGGCACAUCCGGCUCAAACAGUACCACCAGCAAGAGGAGAAGGAGGAGGAGGAGGAGGAAGUGGACAAAUGUUCGGCCAGUCAAGUAACGCUUCGUAUCAAAGAAGAGGAGCGGGACGAUGAGGAGUUUAAGGAGUGUCACCUCGCUAGACAACCAGCAGUGAAACUAGAAGAUGAGGAUGAUGAUGAGGAGGACGAAGAGGAGGAGGAGGAGGAGGAGGGGCUUCUCUCACAAGCUCCGACACAGACCCUGAAGGAGGAAGAGCGAGACAACAGAGCGGAGCCGACGUCGGCGCCGACGCCGCCCGCAGUCAAGAGAGAGGCGGACGAAGGCGCCGCCACUCCCGCGCCGACGGCGGUCACCGCCGAGGAAGACGGGAAGGAGGAGAGUCGGGGCGGCGCCGACACGCGCCCGCUGCCGCAGGAGGGCGAGGCGGACGGCGCCUCCUUCAAGACGCUACAGCACAGCGGCAGGAAGGAGAGCGACCCGGAGGAGGAGAGGCAGCAGAAGACGCCUGCGUCUCUGAAAGAGAGGAGUAAAGACGGCUCCGCCAACACGCCGCACGUCAGGAGAGAAAAGGACAAAGGAAAGAGAGAGAGGGACGAGAAGGAGAGGGUCAAAGAGAAGAAGGACAGGAGUAAAGACAAGGACAGGGAUAAAAAAGACCGGGGGAAAGACCGAGAGAGGGAGAAGGAGAAGGCGAAGGCCGAGGGGUUGAGAGAGGCUGGCUCCUCUGUGCUGCUGCAGCUGAAGAAGAAAGAGGAUGAGGAGCGAGCGAAGGAGGGCAGCAAAGCUGCUCAGACGCCGCCUGCCGCAAGAGACGAGAAGUGGGCCAGGGAGUGGGACUCAAAGACGCAGCCCCACGUCAAGAAGGAGAAGGAGCACGACAAAGACAGAGCGGCGGCGGCGGCGCAGCACUCGAGGCCGGACAGAGAGGAGGCCCGAGACGCCUGCUCGCACAAACACAAGUCGUCGCACGGGAAGAAGGAGAAGAGCGGCCACAGGGAGGGCGGCGCGCUGAGCGCGCCGGCCAAGUCCACGGCGAGAGAGGACGGCAAGGCGAGCAAGCCGGCGCACGCUCAGGUGAAGAAAGAAGGGAAGAAGGAAAGAGAGGCGGGCGGCAAAGAGGAGAAGAAGAAGCCGCCGGCCGCUCCGGCGGAACACAGGGCGCCACGGACGCUCGUCACCUUUGACCUCUUCAAGCCGAUGGAGGCCCACCAGACUCUGGCGCUCUCCUUCACAGACAGUAGACCUAAGACUCACCACCACACCGACUCCCGGGGCUCCUCGUCGAAGCCCGGCGCCGACAUUCGGACGCUUGUCGCCUCUAAAGGACCAAAAGUAAAAGACUCGAUGCCGGGGAAACCCGCCGCGCCGAUACAGGACGGCGGGCUGAAGCAGCCUCUGAAAACACACACACCCCAAACACAGAAAGACUUCUUAAUAUGACUGUCUGGAUGUCUAGUCUUCUUUUCAUUUUGUUUUGUUUUUUUUUUUUUUUACUGUACAACUUACGCCGAGGCUUUGUUAAAAUGCUCCCGAGCGGCGCCGCCGUCCUCCAGACGUCCGCCGGCCUUUCUCCUUUCCAGCAGGAAGCAUUCCUCCACACGGCUCCCGAGACGAGGACGCGCUCCGCGGGGGAUUUUAACGGCGCCCAAGAAUGUAAGCUAAGUAGCUCACUUCACGUUUGUUAGCAGAUGUAUGUAGGCUUUCUCUAAAAAAAAAUGUUAUGUGACCCGUGUGUCAGUGCCUGUGCACUACUUAGCUUCGCUCUUAAAAACACCUAUUUUAGGUACUGGACUGAGCCAGUCUGAAAACAACCGCCCGAUAGGAAAAGACUGCGUUCACCGUCUGGGACGUGACGACCGGCUCACGAAUUUCUGUCGUUCGGAACGCGCUACAGUGUACAACGAGAGCGAGCGGUUGUUUUCAGACUGGACCGUUUGACUCACACAGGGCUGUAAAUGAUACUGUAUGUACCAAAACUGUACAGUAUAGAUGUUAUUAGCACCAAUGUGAGAAAAUGUAUACAGAAAUUGCAUAUAUUUUUUGUAAGACAAGUUUUAUUUUCCAUAGAACUUAUUUAUAUCAUUUACUGUCUGGUUUUUAUUUGAAAACGAUGUAUGUGAAAA